CACAGGCGCUCGCCGAAGUCUCAUCACAGCCUUCCAAGGUAGCGUUUCUAGAGAGAGAGAGCGAUCUAGAGAGAGAGAAAAAGGAAAGCCAUGGGAAAGAUCAACCGUCUCUGGUUCCAACUCUUCAUCGUCCUCUCCGUCGCUACAAUCGCUCGAUCCGACGAUGAUUGUGUGUACACUGUGUACGUUAGGACCGGGUCGAUCUUUAAGGGAGGGACGGACUCGAAAAUCAGCGUAACGCUGUACGACACCAAUGGGUGGGGGAUUCGGAUCCCGAAUCUGGAGGCCUGGGGCGGGCUGAUGGGCCCGGAAUACAACUACUUCGAGAGGGGUAACCUGGACAUCUUCAGCGGUAGAGGGCCAUGUUUGACCGGGUCGAUGUGCUCGAUGAACCUGACAUCCGAUGGGUCGGGUGAUCACCACGGCUGGUACUGCAACUAUGUGGAGGUGACCUCCACUGGGGCCCACAUCCCUUGCGCCCAACAGCUAUUCACGGUGGAGCAAUGGCUAGCACUGGACACAUCUCCGUACGAGCUCACCGCAAUCAGGAACAAUUGUGUGGAUGGUAAGGGUCUUGAUGGUGACCGCAACAUGAUCAAGGGCUCUGAUGCAUCCGUUGUGUCUGUUAUGUAAGACUUUGUAUGGCUCUUAAUGGGCCCACAUUUUUUUUUUUUUAAUGGAUGUGUGUUGCAUGUUUGUCCAAUAUGUCUACUUGUUAUCACUUUAAUGCUAUUAUUAAUAUAAGUCAGUGUUAGCCUAA